GAUUACGCGCCCACCCGAGCAUCUUCCCCGCGUGUGCGCGCGCAUGUCAUAGAAGCAUUAAGGAGGCUGUGGCCGGUCACGAGUGGAGGACAUCGGACAUUUGGACAAGUGUCUCGCGUGGGAUGCGACGGGGCGACUAAGGCGGAACAAGGCGUGGGGCGGGAAGAGCGUCGACAGCAUCCGUGUCACGGCCGUGACUCAAUCACCGACAUUCAGCGGGAUCCAAUCUCAGGAGAAAAGUUGACUUCCUUCCCGCAAACCGACGCGUGGGAGUGGGAGGAAGGAUCGCGUUUUUGGCCGCGGCGAGCCCCGGCUGUCUGUGUCGUCAUGGCAGGAGGUGGAGGUGACAUGCAGUGGUGCUUCUCUCAGGUGAAAGGAGCCAUAGAUGACGAUGUGGCCGAAGCGGAUAUCAUCUCUACGGUGGAGUUUAACCACACAGGCGAGCUGCUGGCUACUGGUGACAAGGGCGGGCGUGUCGUCAUUUUCCAACAGGAAAUAGAGAAUAAGAGUCUGCCUCAGUUCCGGAGCGAGUACAACGUUUAUAGCACUUUCCAGAGUCAUGAGCCUGAGUUUGACUACUUGAAGAGUUUGGAGAUAGAAGAGAAAAUCAAUAAGAUUCGCUGGCUCCCUCAAAAGAACGCUGCUCAGUUCCUGUUGUCAACCAAUGAUAAAACUAUUAAACUGUGGAAAAUCAGUGAGCGAGACAGGAGACCAGAGGGGUAUAAUCUUAAAGAGAACGAUGGACGCUACAAGGAUCCUAACUCCAUCACCUCACUGCGGGUGCCAGUUUUGAUACCAAUGGACCUCAUGGUGGAAGCCAGCCCACGCAGGGUGUUUGCCAACGCUCACACCUACCACAUCAACUCCAUCUCAGUCAACAGCGACAAUGAGACCUACUUGUCCGCAGACGACCUCCGCAUUAACCUCUGGCACCUUGAAAUCACCGACCGCAGCUUCAACAUUGUUGACAUUAAACCCGCCAACAUGGAGGAGCUAACAGAAGUGAUCACUGCAGCUGAGUUCCAUCCGCAUCAGUGUAACACCUUUGUCUACAGCAGCAGCAAAGGAACUAUUCGUCUGUGUGACAUGAGGAUCUCUGCGCUAUGUGACAAGCACUCCAAACUGUUUGAAGAGCCAGAAGAUCCAAGUAAUCGCUCUUUCUUCUCUGAGAUUAUAUCUUCAAUCUCAGACGUUAAAUUCAGCCACAAUGGACGCUACAUGAUGACCAGGGACUAUUUGUCUGUAAAGAUUUGGGACUUGAACAUGGAGAACAGGCCAGUGGAAACUUAUCAGGUCCAUGAGCACCUGAGGAGCAAGCUUUGCUCGCUGUAUGAGAACGAUUGCAUCUUUGACAAGUUUGAAUGUUGCUGGAACGGCAAUGACAGCGUGGCGAUGACCGGCUCGUACAACAACUUCUUCCGGAUGUUUGACCGGGGUCAGAGGCGCGACGUAACUUUGGAGGCUUCCCGCGAGAACAUCAAGCCCAUGCAGGUCCUCAAACCCCGCAAAGUGUGCGUAGGCGGCAAGCGCAAGAAAGACGAGAUCAGCGUAGACAGUUUGGACUUCAACAAGAAGAUCCUUCACACUGCCUGGCAUCCCCAGGACAACAUCAUCGCCGUGGCGACGACCAACAACCUCUACAUAUUCCAGGAUAAAGUCAAUUAACAAGUUCAGGGUGAGCUCGCGUGAGAUCUGGUGUGGGUGACGUCGUGAUGCACCACCUGCCGCCUCGCGGCCUCAGCCAAGGUGAGUCAUGGUAAUAACGCUGACAACCAGCAUCCCCUGUUUGUCACUACUGGGUGAGCGGCCUUUGAUCCAUACCGAGACAGAGGAAGCCUCGCUUUUUGCCCAUCAUCAACCUGUCUGUGACAGUGACAUCUGCCUUGUUGUUUCAGUGAUGUGCCAUUUUUUUGGUUUAUUUUUUUUUGCAAGCCCACAUACCACUCUUGGAGUAAUGUGGGUUUAACUGAUUCUCUUAAAUUACAGUACAAAUUUAUUUUUUAUAAACUUCCCAAAUGGCUCUGUGGAAACUCUUAUUAGUGUGUCCCUUGUCCUGUGCCAUAGUAGUUUAAUUUUUUCUAAGAAAAAAAUUGCCAGUCUGUCUUUUUUUGUUGUUGCUGUUAUUGUAUGUGUGUAUUUGCCCUUUUAUAAGAUAAUCUGUAAUGCUGUCAUAGAGUACAAUUAUUUGGAUCUCCUCACAUAUUUCCAUGGAACCUUCGCAUACUCACUAGUCACAAAAGUAUGCUCACGGUUUCCCUUCCACGCUUGCUGUUCUUUACAGACCGCACAAAUCUACGUUCAAGUCUGGUUACUGUUUCAGUAAUUUAGGUUUUGGACGGCCAAUAAUUCUAAACAACUUUUGUUCUAAUUUGCGCUGUCAUGUGUUUAACAACUCUCUAGUGAGUCUAUUCAAACAUCACAAUGGUUUAUAUUAAAAAGUAAAACUGUC